UAUAUUUACGCCUCGUUUGCCUUGGUUAUCAGACUUACUUAUGGCCCUGACUGUAGUGUACUUUCCGCCCAGUGGGUAGGACUGCAACUACACCAUUUCUACUGCUGACAAGGAAACUGGAUGCAACAUUGCUUAUAAACUAAGGUAACACUGCAUGAGUGCCGUGUUCAAACCGAGGGAAGGCACGCUAGUGCAGUAGACUCGGAAGGCGCAACUUCACUAACAACCUCACCCUUCCCACCCGCACCGACACACGCGGCAACUCAUUCGUGCCGUCACGAUGUUCUGCACGAGUCUGCGACGACGAGGCUCUUUCAGCUCGGCAGUACCGCAGCUGCUCUCCAGGCCUUUGACACUUCGUGGUACUUAUCGACUUUAUUGCUGACAACGAGAGGAUGCUAACAGCUGUAUAGAGCGCGACCUUGAAACCCACGACAUUGCGGUACCGCUGAUAGCAGGGGUGGAGCUCAGAAAUGGGGACAAUAUGGUCGCACGGCAGCUACGUCUACUGCUUCUCUCCAGCACAGCCACAGCUGAAGCUAGCAUCGGAGAGACGCUACACCGCAUCCAGCACUUUGCUGCCCUGACCGGCGGUCAAGAUCUUGCCAUUGUCUUCUUACUGUCGCCACCUCCUGCGACCACUUUCACCUCCGCCAAAGCAGUCAUGGAUGGCAGAGUCGGAUCGGCUGAUGGGCAGCCGAGCGGCAUCAUCGCAUACGCGAAACUCCAAGCCGUACUCGCAAACCGGAUGGACAUCCCAUACAUCCCAAUCCUGCCACUGUCCAAGCUUGACGACCUAUCAGGACUUGUGCAGAAUUACGUCGCCCAGCUUAGCCGAACGCGUUUCAAGCCUGUCACCAAGCGAGCCACGCCGUUCGGCCUCCUGCAACUGUGCACAUCCAACCCGCCUAUGCCGCAACAGACUGCUUACGUGCUGUCUGACCUCUUCCGAGACUUUCGCGAUCUGGCUGUGGCAUGCACAAGCGCCACACCCGCACCAGAAUCUAGCUCGCUGUUUGCUCGUGCCGCCCCUAGCCAAGAGCUGUCUUCACAGACGGCCGAAGUUAGCUCUGCAACGCAGCUUUCGGAUACACGCUCAGGUGACAGGCUGGCACAGUUGCGAGAUCUGAUCGGUAAGCAGGAAUGCAGGGAGAUUGUUGACUUCUGGUGGGGUGAAAUGAUCGAUCGAGUAGGCCACGGCUGAUCCGACGCGACGGCCUGAUCGUUGUUCGCAAGAGCA